GAUAAAGUCAAUAAGGAAAUAGUUCGCAGUAAUGACUGUGGCGGGAGAAAUCGAAAAUCCGUUCCAGUUACUACACAGGCCAAACAAAUAAUGUAAAACUAUGGACGCAACUUCCAGUCUUAACACACAAGAAAUAAAGAUGGAUAUCCCGAAGCUUAGCUUUUGUCAAAACAAAUGCCAGAAUGUAUCGAGGAUAACGACUAUCGUUUUCAAACCACCAGAUCCGGACUCGGUAAAUCGAACGUUUAUCGAAAGAAGUGAAAACGAAACGAACUUACGAUCGAUUUUCGAUAACGAUAUUAACUCUAGUGAUUAUUAUAACAUUGAAAGAACGUUGAACGGGGAUUUUUCUAAUUUUAGUAUCGAUAAUGUGACUUGUAGUGAUGUGCAUGGAUAUAAUCUGUGGGCGUUGUCAUUGUUGGUGUUUCCGGUGCUGACAUUGUUUGGUAAUGUGUUGGUGAUACUGAGCGUAGCGCGGGAGAGAAGUUUGAAGACGGCAACUAACUACUUCAUAGUAAGCUUGGCUGUCGCCGACCUUUUAGUGGCAGUCGUUGUUAUGCCAUUCGGAGUAUACUAUUUGUUCAACGGGUCCUGGGGCCUGCCUGCCUUCGUAUGUGACAGUUACAUCGCGAUGGACGUCACCUGCUCCACCUCCAGCAUCUUCAACUUAGUCGCCAUAUCUGUAGACAGAUACAUCGCCGUAACUCAGCCUAUCAAAUAUGCGAAGCACAAGAGCAGCGCUCGCGUGUGGCUCAUGAUAGGAGUCGCGUGGUUGGUGUCCGGCGCGAUCGGAGCACCCGUCGUACUCGGCCUCAAUGAUGCCCCCGACCGAAGCCCUAACGCCUGCCUCUUCAAUAACACUGAUUACGUUAUCUACUCAUCCCUCGGCUCAUUCUACAUACCUUGCAUUAUUAUGAUGUUUCUCUAUUACAAUAUUUUUAAGGCGAUACGAAAAAGAGCAAAGAAGCAACGUAUAGGUAAGCAGACUUCAUCGGCAGUAGGCUCUACAGUUUCUAGUGGGACAGCUGCGGUCGUCGUUCACAAUGUAAAGGAUGUAGCGCGGCGUACUGACAGCGGCGUGCAAGAUGACAAACCCACUAAUACUGGUUCAGGAAGCAACGAGGACGAAGAAGAUGAAAAGUCAUUUUCUUCUAGCUUUGACAGAACUGAGAUGGGAGUAUUCGCAGAUGAACUUGCUAAUACAAGAUCUACGAGGUUCAUGCUAGCUGCUGUUGUGGAAGAGACCGGUCUGAUAAUGGCAAAUUUAGCAUCACCAAUUCCAAUGAUGGAUCCAAACACGAACAACGAUUCUGGAUAUGUGACGUCAAAUAUAGAUGGAGAGAAGGAGCACACUCCUCCUCCAUCACCGAGCAAUAGAGCACAGGCAAAUAAAGAAGGAAACAGUUCGGUGUCUAAGAAACCGGAUUUAAAAAAGAAGUUAAGUCGUCUCAGCAAUAGUGCGAUGAUCAGCACUCCAAGAAGAAGAUUCAAGAGCGCGGCUUCCGCAGCGCGCUUCUCCAUGUUCCGAGCUAACAGGGCGGGGAAGUUACGAGCCAAGUCUUUUGCCAAAAAAGAGAAAAAGGCUACACAAACUCUGGCGAUUGUUUUAGGUGUGUUCCUUUUCUGUUGGGCGCCGUUCUUCACGUGUUCAGUUCUAGAUGCUCUUUGCACCAAGUUUGGGCUCUCCUACUCUCCAGGAGUGACCGUCUUCAUCUUCACCACGUGGCUUGGUUACAUCAACUCAUUCCUCAACCCCGUCAUUUACACCAUCUUCAACCCUGAGUUCCGUAAGGCGUUCAGAAAGAUUCUCCACUUCGGCACAUAGCAAACAGACUUUUAUCUUGUGUAUACUUAAUUUUUUAUCCCAGCAGGUCCUACUGUAACUUGUCC